AUGAAGAUGCUUGCCCUGCCAGCUGCCAUUUUUCUGGGGACUUUUGGGUUCAUAUUGAAUGUGGAAGCGGGCAAGUGCCCUCGACUGUGCAGUUGUGACAACACCAAGCUUGCUGUUGCUUGCGUGGGGAAGAACCUGACUGAGGUUCCACUGACUAUUGACGAGAUCGCAGUCAAAUUGGACCUGAGGAAUAACAACCUGCAGGUGCUGCAAAGGGGAGGAUUUGUGCACACCCCUUACCUCACUCACCUCAAUUUACAGCGAUGCAACAUCAUCAAGGUGAAGGAAGGGGCUUUCCGCAUGCUGGGCCGCGUAGUCUCCCUAAACCUGGCGUACAACAAAAUCGACAUCCUAUACCAGGAGUCUUUUGACGGCCUCUCGUCUUUGAAGGAGCUUCAUUUGGACCACAAUCGUGUUGAGGAGAUCCAACCUGGAGCCUUCUUGCAACUUGGCUCACUAAACAUGCUGGCUCUCACCCACAACCAGCUGGUCUACAUCCCCAACAUGGCCUUCCAGGGCCUGCAGCACAUCAAGUGGCUUCGUCUCAGCCAUAACUCCAUCAACAACUUGGCUCCUGAGGCCUUUGCAAGCUUGUUCACACUCACUCGCCUCAGUCUGGACCACAAUGAGCUGCAGUUCUUUCCCACUCAAGCCAUGACCAGACUCAAGGAGCUAACACGCCUGAACAUGAGCCACAACCCCAUGAUCUACCUCGGCGAAGAGUCCGUCUCUAUGGCUAAGCUGACACACUUGUACCUCAGCCACAUGUCCCUCCAAGACCUGUCAGACCAAGCAAUGUCCCAAGCCCCCCUGCUCUCCCACUUGGACCUGAGUCACAACCAGCUACGUUACUUGGACCCUCUCGUGGGCCCCAAGAAUCUAACCAGCCUCAACCUCACUGCCAACCCCAUCUACUGUAGCUGCUACGUGAGGCCUCUGAGGAACUGGGCGAGCGUUGGCGGUGUUAAGCUGCUCGGAACGUGCGCAGGCCCUCCUCACCUGUCCGAUGAGCCGCUCCGAAACGUGGCGGCUGUGGACAUGCGUUGCCGUAGGAGGGGGGACCCUCUGCAGGACGAGUUUGAGGAGGAAGUGAUUGCCGUUAGCCGUCCUCCGACAGCCAAACCCAAACAGAACGUCAAGUGUCCGGUUAACUGUGACUGUCACAUUGAAGCACAGCAUGCCACGUGCGAGAACCGAGGUCACACAAAAGUUCCGCGAGGCUUCCCUGCCAAAACUCAACUGUUGGACCUUCGCAGCAACCACUUCCACAACCUUCCCGCCAACAGUUUUCCAGCCAGCGGCCAAGUUAUUUCUCUCCACCUGGAAUUCUGCAAAAUUCACGAGAUUGAAGGCGGCGCAUUCCGAGGAAUGAAAAAGCUGUUUUAUUUGUAUCUUACUGACAAUGACCUCACAUCCUUGGGGCCGGAAACCUUCACUGGAGCUCCUGAGCUCAGUUACCUUUACCUAGAAGGAAAUCGUUUGGCACAGUUUCCCGGUUCAGCUCUGCAACACUUGCCAAAUCUGUUUGCAUUACACCUGGAGCGUAAUGCUAUUUCAAAACUGGUGCCUACGGGUCUGCUCUCCUCAGUCACCCCAAAACUGAGAGAGCUUUACUUGACCAAUAACACCAUCCGCACAAUUGCCAAGGGCGCGUUGGAUUUUGCCCUACUCGGUAAACUUCACCUGGAUUCAAAUAAACUUACCAACGUUCCGACCGCCGCUUUAUCGGACGCCCUGAAUCUGGAGGAGCUCAACCUGUCUCAAAACCGGAUUCUCUCAGUGGGGCCAAAUGCAUUCCGGCCCAUUUCCCGAAGUCUGAAGUGGCUGCACACGGACCAGAUGAGCACUGAGAGGAUGUCUCCGGACGCUCUGGCCGGGCUCGGCCCGGGACUGAAGGCGCUCACCAUGAGAGGAAACCAGUUGAAGGCGCUUCCUGACUUGGGCUCGCUCACCGGCCUGGAGGUGGUUGACCUUCAUGACAACCCACUGCUGUGUGAUUGUACUUUGUUGCCACUGCGCAGAUGGCUGGAGAAUGUGAGCUUGGAGGUGGGCGCCACCUGCGGCCUCCCUCCUCAGCUUAAAGGUCGGAAGGUCAGGGAACUGGACCUAUUCAAGUCCUGUCCAGAGAACAGCUCCUAUGCAGACAGAAGGCGUGGUGUUGUUGUGGCCCCGGUAAAAUCCAAGAAACAAAAACUAAGCCUCAUGAAGACUUCUGGACUCAAGAGUAAACCGGAAAGGAACAACACCAAGCGACCCAAGCCUACGAAGAAGAAGCCUCAAAGGAAACCUGCUCUAGCAAUGUUGGCCAAAAAGAAGAAACUGAUAAAAACAUAAAAACAGAUCAGCUUGGCUAAGUUGAGUGCUAUGGGCAUCUU